AUGGCAGCCGAAUCACGCCCGGCACUCGAGUUCGCCAAACGACUGCAUAACGAGACCAAGAAAUUCACUCACCCAACAACGGCCACAGUUGUCCACGAGAGUAAGGACAUCGAGGGAAUAUGCGCAGCCGUCUCGCAUAUCCUGGGGACUCCCAUCAUCCUGACCCAAAUUGACGUCAACGCCAUGAAAGCGAGCCUUGACUCAGAUAGGACUGUCUUGACCAGUACGACCAGUUGUCUCGACAGAGCGCGAGCUUCACUGGAAAGCAUGACCGCUGCAAUCAAAUGCAAGUGGGCGGUGGCCGGUGCUAGUGACACAGGCUUGCCCACGGUACAACCACAUCAAGUCGAGAAGCCUGGUGACUAG